AUGCAAGAAGGAAACUUACUUGUAAGUGGAAUGCCAGUUUGUGGGACAUUAGUUAUCCUAGUUUCUAACCAAUGUUUGGGUUUCUGGUCUACAGGCAAUGUGAGAAUUGACGCAACAAGACGCGGCAACAAACCGGCGAUUUUUCCAGAAAAUCUUGGUGCCCUUCUUCUCAAUGAAAGAUAUUGUUUGUAUUUCGACAAAGUUGGGAAUAUCAUCAAAGGGCGGGAAGAACAUUACAAGGCAUUCAAGUGGUUCAUCGCAAAUGUCCUGUUGUCAAUCAACCAUGAGCUGACGGGCCGGAACUCAAAGCAGGUCUACGCCUUGGGCCACCAGGACUUCAUCACACAGAGAUACAGUCCGUCCGAUGAAGCCUUUGCUCUGAUGUUGAUUGCAAACUAUGAGAAGAGAUGGAGAGCCCUAGUGGUGGAUCCAACAACAGACAAGAAAAGGCUGGCAGGGGAUGAAAAGUAUGCGACCCGUUUUAGUUCAAGCAGGCGAGGGUAUACCAAGCUGCCAUGGGGCAAAGAGGUUGUGGAGAUUUUGACUCAACUGGAACAGAAGAUUGAAUUACUUCGCAAGGUGGAGAGGACAGGUACCAAAUUAGAAGGACAGGUUCUUGCUGACUUUGAGGAAACGAAGUCUCUGAGGUCAAGGAGAAAGAAGCAACUGGUUUACAAGCACAGGCCGGUAGUGGGAGGGAAGUUGGGAAGGAAGAUGGCGGAAAGAAAGAGAAGAUUAGAACAAUUGAUGAUAUUAUCAUAA